AUGAAAGACGUAAUAGAUGUAAUGGCUUUACAAAGUAGUAGGCGUGAAAGAAGAUUACCAGAUUAUCGAAGUGCUUCUGGUCAUAGUAUGGCUACAAACUUUAUAUUUGAAUGUGGUAUUAAACUAGGUUUACAGCCAGCUACUGUUGCUACCGCAGCUAUAUUUUACCAUAAAUUUUUCAAAGAAGCCGACAAAAAUGACUACGAUUGUUAUGUUAUCUGCACGGCUUGCCUUUGCGCUGCUGGAAAGUCACGAGAUGAGCCAGUACGUCUCAGGGAUGCUGUUAAUGUCGCCCACAAUUCGAUAAACCGAGGCUCUGGUCCAUUGGAGUUAGGCGAUGAAUAUUGGUCUAUGAGAGGCGCUGUUGCUCAAGCUGAGCUGCUAGUUCUACGUUUAUUGGGCUUCAACUUGGACUCACCAUCUACACAUCGAUAUUUGUUACAUUAUUUACGAUCUCUUCAAGAAUGGUUCCCUGCGUCCCAGUGGCGUACUGCACCAAUAGCUCGUACAGCAAUGGCAUUUUUACAAGAUUUUCACCAUUCUCCUGCAAUUCUGGAUUACAGAGCACCUCAUAUAGCUGUGGCCUGUUUGACAUUAGCAUUACAUGUUUUGGGAGUCUCUGUGCCUUUAGCAUCCACAUUAGAUGAUGAUGCAGCUUGGUAUUCUGUAUUUACAAAAGACCUGCAGAAAGAGAAGAAUUGGGAAAUUAUGGAAAAAAUUAUGCAAGUGUACAGCAGGGAGCCAGAACCUAUAUAA